AUUAAAAAUCCGGACAACGAUAAAACGGAAACACUGAUCACAAUAGUGAGGGGCGAACACCAAUUCCUAUGGAAUCUAAACAACGGUGACAACUAUACAGGAGUGGGAGAGCCGGCACACGUCGAUCAACACCAAGGGUUUCAGAUACUGACCAGAGUUGAGAUGUUGGAAGUGUUCAAUUGUAAUGACAGUGAAUGCAAUCAAAUGUUCUCAAAAAUCAUCACUUUUUAUCGUAAUAACCGUAACAACAACUACAUGUAUAACUAUACGGAUCUGACCGAAGAGAACACUGAGAUAAUUCCUCAGUCUAUGCCUAAUAACAUUCAUGUGACCGGAGAUCCCACUGAAGACUACGAGUACAACAUUUGGCCAAAGGAUUGGAUCAAUCAAACCAAUCCAUGCGCUCGUAGCGUUGGGUUUUGUCAUCAGUACUCUCACAGAUUGUUAGGAAAGUUAGCCUGCUUGCAUUCGGCACUUCUCCACGACAUUGGCGUCCAUUUCGUGGGCUUCUUCAACAUCGAUAGAUAUAAUCAUACGGCAAAUCUAGUGGUGGGCUAUAUUUAUGGUGUCACUUAUGAUCGGCAAACAAACACUUCCUAUGUAUAUGAAUACAGUACGACUACACAACAGUUUAAACACUCAGGAAUGGAUUUCAAACGCUUUAUGAAAUGUCCGAAAGAUGAGACCAAUUCUCUAAAAGUUAUUAUAAUCUUUCUGGUGAUUGUGGCCGUUAUGGUAGUGUCUUGUAUAGCGUUUAUAGCGAUAGUGAUAAUUAUAUUGCAAACAAACUCCUCAAAUAAAAAACAAACAAGAGAUUAUUCGGAUGAGACCAAGAGUCGCGCCACAGAUUUAUCAACUGCUGUCAAAACUGUGCAAACAAUGCAUUCGGACACUGGCGAGCACUUCACUCAAAGGAGCACUAGCUAUAACCAGUAACCAC